UCCUUAAGGGAGUCAAUCAUACUCCCUGACAUGAUCACUCUAAUCAUGCAAUACAGGCCUCAACAACUGCAGAGCCAGAGUAUUAAAACACGCAAGGCUCAACAACUGUGGACGGCAUCAGAUCUGAAGGUAUCAAUAACUUAUGUUACAUUCUUCAAGUUCAUCUAUCCUCAAAUAUAUUAUAAUCGUUAGCUGAUGUAUCUCCACAGAUUUGAGUAUCAUACUCAUAAAUUUGUUACAAUCUUAUUUGCUUGAUGUUAAGAAACUAUUGCCUCAAAAUGGUCACCCAGCUGACAUGAUAUUCCAAGUAACCCUCAAUUCAAUUUUUUAGCUUCCCAAAAGUUUAUGAGCAUCAUGUAAUCCCUUUACCAUAUGCAGGCUUUGAAAGCGAGUUUAUUACAUGACAUCUCAAAUCUUGUAUUAGUAUUAAGAAUGAAUAUUGUUGUAAUAUAAUAAUACACCUGCCAGAUCAAGUUAUUUUUUCCCUUUCAAAGAUCAUAUUCCUUGAUCUCAAAAAGCUAGUAUUGUUUACCAAGCGUGUUGCUGGGAUAUUUAUAGGUAUUACAAGGAAAUCUCACCGAAACAUCACCACUCUUACUACUAUUGCUCGUUACAGAAUCAAAUUAAAUUAGCACACAACAUCAUGCAAGAGGGACCAUUUUGAAGUUAGUUUUCUCAACCUUAUUAAUACGCUAUUUGAAACUAUCGCUAACUAAAAACGUUGGCAGUGCAAAAUUCUGGCUUUAUCAGCUAUUCAGAUGUCACUGUUUUUUUAAAAAUUAUUAUUCAAUAGCUUCGUUCUCAAGGUAUAAUGUAGUUUCCAGUCUUUCACUUAAGGUGGCUCAAACACUUUAAACACUUUAAAGACACUCGCUUUAGAAUGAAUGAUGCUACAACACUGUGUGAUGUAACAGCAAUCUUAUUACAACUAUGGUACCAUAUGAAACACUGAUUAUUUCCAAACAAAAUGUGGUCAUUAUUGUGAUGUAAUAAGUUACCUUAGCAACAGGAAAGCCCAGCGAAAACACCCUAUAUUUUGGCUUUAGUUGCUCAUAUCUCAAAAACUAACUUGGGCACCACUUUAUUAUUGCUGAAAAGUAACCAUAAGGCCAAGAUACUACAGUAUGUACUACAGCAUCAUAGCCACCUUUAAAAAAUCGCAGAAUUGAGGUGGCUCUGAAUCCACUGUACAGAUUUUUUUUAAACUUUUCAGGAAGUUUCAUCUUGCCCUUCUGAUUACUUUCCAGAAAUAAAUAAAUGGGGGAUCACCGAGUUUUUGAGAUAUGAGCACCUAAAUACAAAGUAAAGGGUGUUUUUACAGGGCUUGCCCAUUGCCACGGUGACAUAUUACAUCACAAUAAUGACUGCAUCUUGUUCAGCAAUAAUUGGUGGGGGAGGGGUACCGUGAUAUUGCUAAUAUGUGAUACAGUGUUCUAGUGCUGAUCCUUCUAAUAAGAGCAUUACUUGGAAGCGUUGAAGCUGGCUUGAGCCACCUUUUGUACAAUAUAAGAAUUUAAAAUUUGUAUAACCGUUAUUUCUAAAGAAUUAUAUUAGGCAUAUGAAACAUAAAGUCCUAGGUAAAAAGAGAUUCAUGAUGUGUUUAUUGUUGCUGUGUGUUUAAUACUUUUGAUCAGUUGGGGGCAUUUAAUUUAGAUGGCUUUUUGGCUUACUGUUUUUCUGUGCCUUUUCACUGGGUGUUCUUUUUGCAGAGCCUUCUUUUUCUGGGUCCUUCAGUGAUAACAAACAUUACAUGAUCCCGAAAGUAAAGGUAACUGCAUGUUUUUAGAGGUCAUUCCAUGUAAUUUUGAGGCUAUUAAUACAGUACAGUGCACUGUGCAAAGCAGCAGUUUGUUCAUCUCGAGUGGCCAAGAAUACAGCUUCUAAGGCCCUUUCCUAUUGUACCAGCACAACUUUGGCAUAACUUGUGCCAUUUUGCUAAAAGUAAAAUAAUGGGAGUGGGUUUGAGACAACGUUAUUAGAGUCGUGACUUGGUUGAUUUAUUUACCUAGUAGUGUUCUGUCAAACAUCAGUCUGUCUGGGAAGUCAGGACAGCUUAGUGGUUUUCAACCAUGCCUUCCACCUCUGUGACCCAGGUUCAACCCUUGACCCCAAAGUCAUAUGUGGGCUGAGUUUCUGUUGAUCUCAAUCUUGCUUAAAAUUUCAGUGUGUAAAUGCAACUUAUUACCUAUGCAAAACACAACUUUAAAAGUCUGAAAGCCUGUAACUCCUGUGCUGCUUAUUUAUUAUAUUCAUCUGUGCACACAUGCCUUGCAUUCUUAAACUGGUGAGUCUUUGACAUCAUUAAUUUUUUCUCGUCGACCCAGCUCUCUCAAGAUUUUAAAGUUAGUAAUGGUGGACGUGAUCAUAUAAGAAAUUUCCAGUUAAAAUAAACAGGCUUCUUUUUUAAAGUAAGGCUUAAAACUUGGGUAACUUAGUGUUUUAGUUCCCAUAGUUUUGAUAUCCAAAGAAAAAGAAGAGUUGGUUUUUUUGGUCAAAGUAAGCACUUUGAGAUUGCUAUUUCUGUCAGUUAUCUUUAACUGCUGGUCUAACAUUUAUUUUGUUGAAUGCCCUGUGGCUUAGGACUGAGCAGCUGUGACACAAAGAUUACAAAGUCGACGAGAUGAAAGGAUUCCUGAGCAUUGGGAAACACUUUUGCGACUGAAAAACGUGAACAUUGGUCUCAACUGUGCUAUGUACUCCAAAUCACGUUAUCGAUUCAUGGAAAUCGUAAGUUUUAACAAAAAUGCUGUUAUCAUGUUAGCCUUUAAGCGUUGCACAAUGAUUUAAAUUUAAGGUUGGGGUCCUUCCUUGUGAAAGGACAAAAAUGUUUGAACUGCAGAAAGAAGAAUGUUAAGAUAUGGAUGAUAUUACACGGUGGCGAGAAGAUUUGAAUUUUAAUGUUCUCGUGGCAAGAACAAAAAAUUCAUAUCUUGAGCUAAUUUGUAAUUUUCUUUCAUUAUAUGGUCAGUGAAUGUACAUGGUAGAGAUUAAAAAGCAGGCUUUAACACAAGUACUGGGUACUGAUACAAACUAAAAAAGCCAGGAAUCGUGAUAUCGUUGCUAAAUGUGACAACCCGUGUUACAUGUACAUACUCAGGCAAAAAAUAUGCCACUUGGUUCCUGGAUGUAGUAGCCAUAUUGAUUCUUUGAGUGUUUUAGUUCCCGGUAAAACGCUCUCAUCCAUAUAAUAAAGUAGAUUAUCAGAGGUAUGAACAGUAACGAAAGGAAAACCCGAACAUAUAGGCUCGAAUGGGAUUUGAACCUAUGACCUCUGCGAUGACAGUGCAGUGAACUAACUACCAAUUGUGCUACCAGCAGACUAGGAGGUGGUCAUUUCACUGCUACAGUACUUAUGCACCUAUCAAUGUAAAUCCCGCAGGGGUGGGGAGUGCGGGCAAUAGGCGGGAAUUUGGUGCCUGAGACUAUCCCCCCUGUCGGGCUUUUGAUUGCGAAGCGACCCCGGGGACAGUUACCAAGUCUGUCCCUAAGUCACGCUUCAGUUGGAAAAAGGUAAGAAGUUUUGCCAUAAUCCGUAAUUUAUACUGUCCUCUAAGCAGGUAUUGUCUAUUUUGAGAAAUUUUUUAUCCUUAAGUUCCCAUCUGAUUGAAGUCGAAUUCCACCACAAGGUCAGAGUAUUUACGGGCUACUGAUCCGACCUGUUUCGACAUGCUGAACGUAUAAAUCAUGAACAUACCCUGUUUCAAAUGCUGCUUUAUUUGUUUUAUAUAUUAUUAUAGUAUUGUUUGUUCAGAUUCUUUGCCCCAGGCUGGGCCUUUUUUUGACACUUUUGAUUGAUGUUAGUUCCUACCCUGGGGAAUUGAUUAGAAAUUUAAGACUUGUCAAAUCCCUACCCCUUGCCCACACUCCCCCAAACGGGAUUUACAUUGAUAGGUGCAUUAACGCACGGUGGGAGUCAAUGGGUUAUAACCCAUUGACUCCCAGGGGUUCCCCAUUGACGAGUAACAUCGUCAAUGGGGAACACUAAGCACUGGUCUGGUGUGGACAUUAAAGGGUUAAUUGCGGUAUCGAGUUCUUUCUUAGUGGAUGCAAUAAUCAAAUAUUAAAGGUGGCAAAACGCUAUCCACCAGCCAGGAAAACCAAAGAUACAUGCGGCUACAUGUAAGUGAAAGUGCACUAUAUUUUCCAAAAUGAGAAAUUUGUAAACUACAGUUGUUUCCAGGAAAUAAAAUUUAUUUGUAAAUUAAUGUAUUGACCACUCACAGGACCUCUUUUUGUACACAAUUCCUCUUUCCUCAGUGUAUAUAUAUGUCCUUCAUAUAUAGUCUUCAUGCUCACUCCUUUACUGUUUUUUUUUUCCACACUCACUAAGUGACCGGUCAUGACCAGCUCCCAGUGGCCGAGCUCCAUUGAUAGAGCAUUUCACCGGUUUCUUAGAGGUUAUGGGUUCAAUUCUCAUUCAGGUCUGAAUCUCUCAGGCUUUCCUUUCGAACUGCUAAUUAAUAAGUAACAUUGAUAACUGUGAUCAUCUGAUAAUCUUGCAAUGAAAUUGGUCAGAUAGUGUCGUUGCCAUGUCUGACAAGACUGGGGCAUUCAGUGUUGAGGAAAGAUAUUUCAAUCUUUUUUUGCAUUUCAUGUUUCUGUGGAAAUCCAAAGAACUGCAUUGUAACAUCAGAUCUGAUCUCUCUAGGUUUCCUAAUUGAAAGAGUUCAAACUAAGAACCUGUUCCCCAACCUCUGGUUGGCUGAUUUAAUCUACGUAUUUGCUGUAAUUGGCAAACGAUUACUUUGAACUUAGUUUUCAAUACUUUGUUUCGCGUAAACAAAUCGCAGUUUAUUGUCUUCUUAGGUUUCACCAAACACACCGUUUGGAAAUCUGAAGGAUUAUGUGCUAGAUGGACGUUGCCAUAGUUAUGUCAUGAUUAAGAUUUUAUCACAACUAGCAUCUGCGCAAACUUAUCUCCAUGAAAACUACAUCGUGCACGGUGACUUUCGGACUGAACAUGUGAAUGUGUUAGGGCCUUGUCAGGUAUGUGAGAAACAGUUAAAGUACUACUUCAAAAAGAAGAAGAAAAAAGUAUUUAUUUACUCUCAGAAUUUGGGAUAAUUGCUGUAAAUUACUAAUGCUAAACACAUUAAACAUAAAAUGGACAGUUAAAAAGCAAGUUAGAUAUUUAAGAGCAUGAAUCCACAACCCCAAAGUUAUGGAGUUAGCUAGCCUUCAUCCAGUUUAAAUCUAAACGAACGAAAAGAGAUGAGGAAGGCAACAGGGGGUAUUGUAUUGAUACUGAAAUCAGAAGAAUUUGAGGUAAUUUCCACUUGCAGGCAUUGAUGAGAAAGAAGAUAUCGUUUUAUGCUUUUGGGAAAAAAUGGUUUAAUUAAGGGCUUCAAAGUGGCAUUGGAUAUACCCUUCCAAAGAUCUGUUGUGAUACCUUAUUACAGGAAAUUAACGCUCCAUGAAAUUAAGGUAUUGGAAAUAAACGCAACUUAAAUUAACACGAGUUUAAUGUAAAACGACUUUCGAAUAAAGAAAUUUAAUGCGAAGGAGUAAGUAGAAUUUCACAAUUAACGCGAUUAAGACACAGUUGGUGGUGACCACUGGAACAAAUUUAUUCAACACUGGAUGCAAAACAAGUCACUGAACAAAACUGAUCCCUCUGGUCAACAAACAGUCCUCAAAAUUCUAAUUAAUGCAGGAAUUAAUGGAAGGAAAUAAUGCUUGUACCAUAUUUUAUUGUUUUUUAGGUGUUAUGAAUGUCUGGAAAGGUUUCAAAAUUAGGGUUAAAAUGAUGGAAAUUAAGAGUGCUGAAAUUAACGCUGCACUUAAUUAAUGUCGCAAAAAUAAUGCUGAACAUAAUUAGUGCAACUUAAAUUAAUGCAAAUUUUAACGAUUCGUGUUAAUUUUGUAGAGCGUUAAUUUCCUAUAAUAAAGUAAACAGCAAGGGCUAAUGAUAAGUGACCGGGCAUCCAUUUCACACAAUGGAGAAAGCAAUUUAAAGGCAAUGCACCUUUCAAGCAAGGCACAAGGAAAGAGUUCAUUCUCGGAACCUCCUUCAUUAUCAUUUUUUCAUGGUGGUAAAUUCUCUUUUGCUUAUGUGACCUCAAGUGAGUAUGCUAUUGUGUUUUUAAAACUUGAGUCUGUUGCUCGAUGUCUGUUUGUUGAUAUCAGCUCUGGACCUUUAUGUCCUGUCUCUUCAUACUUUUGAUUGAUCCUUUUCAUUUGGAUAUCUUUUAGGUUCAAGUUGUUUGCCUGGGUCAUUCGAAAUAUUUGAAAGCCGGUGAAGUGAACAGCAGGUCUGGCAAGGUUCAGGAUACCAUGCCUGCAGAUGCAAUUCGCUGGUUUGUAAAUUACAUGUGGAUAUUAAGAAACUUAGUUCAGUUUAGUUUAAACUUAUAUAAAUUAUAUUAUUGGUGAAAACUCGGCACUCUCAGCACUGAGCCACUCUGUCCACUUCAGAAAAUACCACAGUAUUCUUUGUGUUCCCCCCAAUUUUGCAUAUUAAGCAUUGUUUCCAUUUUCUCUUGGGACCAUUGUAAAUCUCAAGAUAAACUGGAAACAAUGCUUAUGCAAAACUUUGCUCUUCUCUCCAACUGCAACAUCUAUCGUGUCUCGGAAUACAGACAGUUAAUGUCACAAAUUGUCCCCCAAAUGCUGCUCCCCAAGUGAAUGUAAACAGCUGCAUUUACCCUGAGGUGAGAGUAACGUUAACCUGUAUCCUUCUUUAUUUUUGGAAAUGGGUAGCAAAGGUUUAGGCUAAAUGGACGUGUUGGAUGUUGAAAUUGGGCGUACAUCCAAUUAGGUGCAUUUUUCAACAUAAUAGUGAACCAGAAGUUAUUGGCUGUUGAAACAAUGACUUCUUUUGUUUGGCGGGUGGCUUUGAAACAGGAAUAUCAAAACUGAGAAAGUUUAAGACAACAUCGUAAACAGUGAACAUCGCUCAUAAAAAUUUAAAGACGCCUCGUUUCGGGCAUCAACUCACUGAUGAAAACAAAUAUGACAGACGAAUAAGCUGAAGGGUACAAAGACAAUUUCCCGUUUUUCACAGGAGUGCAUUUGAAGUGAUCACAGAAGGUAUUUACAGCUAUGCCAGUGAUGUGUGGGCAUUUGGUGUUGUGUUGUGGGAACUAUAUGCGGCACUCGCGUUUCGUCGUAAAAGAAGUACAUUGGCAAGACCGUACUAUGAAUUGGAAGAUGAUCAGGCAAGUUAAUACCUUACAAAGUGAUGUCUGAAUUGUAAGAAGAGAGAAGUGAAAAAUACAGGAGAGUUAAAAUAACUUCAACUUAUAAGCGCAAAGGAGUGGAAUUAGAUGGUGUAUGAAAAGGAAAUCAUAUGAACUUGCUCAUGCCUUUCGUGAUUUAUAUAUCAGCACUCGUGAUGUUAAUUUUGAAAGUUCUCAAAAUUACAGGUUGUGCAAUUUGAGAACUUUCAAAACAUCACUAGUGACCAUAAAUCACGAAAUGCACAAGCAAGUUCAUACAAUUUUUUGUUAGUUAUAUGCUCCUCAAAAUUACUUGAUCGCUUUGUUUCCAUAGAAACAUCCG